CUUUGUGCCGAGUUUCGCACGCGGGACUGCUUGUGUAUACUGCAACGCGCCAACGGAGCUUUUACUGUCGGCGUCAGCGGCGCCUGUUGCUCGGGCGGGCUAAGCUGCGCGGCCAAGCUGCCCCCGUGGUCGUGCUUUACAAGCAGCAGCUACCUUCUCUGUGUUCCACGGGGCGCUGUCAUUUCGGUUUUUUGUUUUUUGUUUUUUUUGAGCACUGAUAAGAAUUGUGCAGCUAUAUACGCGCGUAGGGGGUAAAGUACAGUCUGCGGCGUUCGCACCAAUCUUGCAGUCGCGCUGCAAUAAUUAAAUGACCGCUCUUUCCGUCUUAUUAUUAUUAUUCUUUUUUUUUGUUAUCAUAUGGGCCCUGCAAGGGCUGCUCAUUGCUAAAAGUCAUUGCGUAAAGCGUGUAAAAUUUCGCCAUUCUCUUACCUAGCCGCUGUUGGUAUUGUUGAGACAUUCUGUUUUCUGCUUCGGUCGCUCAUCUUAUGACGGGAAGUGUAAGGCGCAGCAACCGUUUGCUGGACACGAGAUGUUAGGGGCACAACUAUCGGUCUUAACUUCGAAAAGAAAAAGAAUGCCCCAAUAUUUUAGCGGGAACGUAAUUAUUGUUUCGUGAGGAAAGCACAGUUUUGACAUUGGUGAUUCUUGCUGGCUCUACUGUCCAUUAUGAAACAUUUCUUAAUCGUCCCUGCGCAAUAUCAAUGCAUCCGAAUCAGUUGUGGCUAGCAACAGUCUCAUGUCAACAGCGGCAGCUUCACUGCUGAUUCAGAGAUGGCCAUGGUGCCCAGAUGCGUUAAACCAAAGGAGCUGUAACAUAGGAUGAAUCACGUCUUCAUUUGUACAACACACUUGCAGCACGCCAGAAUGUCCACUGACACGACCCUGGUGGAAAAGUUCGAGGGCUGCCUAGUGGGCGCUCUCCUGGGCGACUGCGUGGGUGCCCCCUUCGAGACGGAUUUCACGGGCAGUCACUUUCCGACGCAGCAAACCUUCUUCCAGAAUCUGCUGAAACACACCGUAGUGCCCGGUCCCAGCGCUGGCCGCAACUUCCGCCCUUCCAAGGUUCACCCUGGCCAUGGCGAGUACCACUACACAGACGACACUGCGAUGACGAUGUGCCUGGCUAAGUCACUACUUGCCAAGCGCCGCUUCGAUGCCUUCGACGUGGCGAAAAGAUUCACUACUGAGUACUUUGAGAACGAGACUCUCGUCGGCGAGUACGGAAACGCGGUUCGGGACGUAUUUCGCAAGCUGAAGAACAUCAACUACGAGGAUCCGUACAAGCCUGGCCAGGAGCAGUUUGGGGGACGUGGCUCGUAUGGCAACGGCGCUGCGAUGCGCGUGGCGCCGGUCGCGUUGUUCUUCAUGGAUGAUCUGGAGAAGAUGGUCGAGGCGGCGAGAAACCAGGCCCGGAUCACGCACAGCAACAAGAUAGGCUACAACGCCGCCAUCAUGCAGUGCAUGGCUGUGUUUCUGGCGCUGAAGAGUGAUCCUAAGACCCCGCUGGACCCCAUGGUGUUCAUCGACCACCUGAUAGCCUUAAUGGACAAGCUUGAGGAGGCCAUUGAUGGGUUCAAACCGUUGGUAUUCAAGUUGAUGCACAUAAAAAAGAUCGUGUCCAAUCCCGACCUUGAUCCUACACCAGCGGAAGUGGCGAAAACGCUCGGAAACGACAUCACAGCGCAAGGAUCUGUGCCCACGGCAAUCUACAGCUUUUUGAGAUCACAGAGACCCUUGAAAGACUUUGAGCACGAGAGCCCGUUCGUGCGCUGCCUGUACUUCGCGGUGGCGUGCGGUGGCGACGCAGACACCAUCGCGUCCAUGGCAUGCAGCAUAUCGGGCGCCUUCCACGGCAUCUCGGCCAUUCCGAGCGUGCUCCAGCGUCAGUGCCAGGCCAUCGACGAGGUGACGCGGAUCGCAGACUGCCUCGAGGAAGCGGUGUCCAAGUGACCCUCGCUGCACCGGCACCAGCCGCCACUUAUUUAUGUAUCGAACGCGCGCCGAGCAAGCAGUCCAGCGCCUGGCGGCGGCGCGGGUGUUGCACGCCCGUCUCUCCCGUGCCGGCAUCAGCUAUGGAGCAGCCGGGCUGUCGCGCUUCUCGAUGUUUGCCUUGAUCUGGAUGUAUAAAUGAUGAAUGGAGGAGUAACGAGUUUUAUUGUGUGUUGUGCUGGCAAUCUGCGCCUCUCGCUCGUCUUGUUUGGUUUUCUUGUUGUUGUUUUUUUUUGCCUCGUGUUGAGUAAACAGAUAGAAACUCA